GAUACGCUAGCCUAGGGUUUCAUCUCGCCUAUUCUCCCCGUGCUCGAGCGGCGACCAUGGCGACCCCUGCGGCGGAGUCGGUGCAGUGCUUCGGUAGAAAGAAGACGGCGGUGGCGGUGGCGCACUGCAAGCGCGGACGUGGACUGAUCAAGGUGAACGGCGUGCCUAUCGAGCUGGUGAAGCCGGAGAUCCUCCGCCUGAAGGCCUUCGAGCCCAUCCUCCUCCUCGGCCGGCAGCGCUUCAUGGGCGUCGAUAUCCGCAUCCGCGUCCGCGGGGGCGGCAAGACCUCCCAGAUAUAUGCUAUCCGCCAGAGCAUCGCCAAGGCCCUCGUCGCUUACAACCAGAAGUACGUCGACGAGCAGUCCAAGCAGGAAAUCAAGGACAUCCUCGUCCGCUACGAUCGCACCCUCCUCGUCGCCGACCCACGCCGGUGCGAGCCAAAGAAGUUCGGUGGUCGGGGUGCUCGUGCUCGGUUCCAGAAGUCCUACCGCUAGAGCUCGUCAUUCAUAGGAAAGUUCCAAUCUUGCUUCGCUUGCUAGUUCUUUUUUGCAUGAACUUUUAAUCAUAUUGAUAAACGUAGUUUUAUUUAUAGUUUCUAUUGUGGCUUUGGUAACAAAGAGACAUACUUUAUUAGGUUCGAUUAUGUUGAUUAAGAUCAAUCUUUGUCUGGAAUAUGCAAAAUUGUUUCUGUUGCUCACCA